AUGGAUGUUAUGAGUUGUUCUGCAAAUAGCAGAGAGAAGACUAGCAGUAAAAAAAGGAAGAAAAAACGUCGUUUGAGAAAAACUGUCAAAAAGGAAAACGUCAAACCAGUUAAGAGACCAAGAAAAUCUCUAGAUGGUUCUACAACUACUAAAGAAGAUUGGAUUAGCACUCAUAGUGAUUCUGACAUAAUUGAAGUACUUAGUGAUGUUACAAAUUUUGAAAUAAGUAUGUGGAUGUAUGAAGAGUCUACAAAUAUUGAUGAAUGUAUAAAUAUGGAAGAAUCUAUAAAUAUGGAUAAACAAAUAAUAAAAGAAGAUAUAAAUCAAAUUGACAAGAAUUCAAAGAAAAAGAGUAUUAUGAAUUAG